AUGGCUGUCACCGCCACCAACUCGGACAGCCCGACGUCCAUCUUCUUCAAGGGCGAGACGGGCCGCAACACUCGAGGUCUCCUACGCCUGAUCAUCCUGUGUACUAUUGCAGCAGCCGCGGUGGCCAGUCGACUAUUCUCCGUCAUCCGAUUCGAGAGUAUCAUCCACGAGUUCGACCCGUGGUUCAACUUCCGCGCGACCAAAUACCUGAUCCAACACGGCUUCUACAACUUCUGGGAUUGGUUUGAUGACCGAACAUGGCACCCCCUCGGCCGCGUCACGGGCGGCACCCUCUACCCAGGCCUCAUGGUGACUUCCGGCGCCAUCUACCACUUCCUCCGCUUCCUCACCCUCCCCGUCGAUAUCCGCAACAUCUGCGUCCUGCUCGCCCCGGCCUUCUCCGGUCUGACAGCCUUUGCAACAUACCUCCUCACAUCCGAAAUGAGUGACAGCCCGAGUGCAGGUCUGCUCGCUGCCUGCUUCAUGGGGAUCACACCAGGAUAUAUCAGUCGCUCCGUAGCGGGAAGUUACGACAACGAAGCCAUUGCCAUCUUCCUGCUCGUCUUCACCUUCUACCUCUGGAUCAAGGCAGUCAAGGUGGGCAGUGUGAUGUGGGGUGGUCUGACAGCACUCUUCUACGGCUACAUGGUCAGUGCGUGGGGAGGAUACGUCUUCAUCACCAACUUGAUCCCUCUCCACGCUUUCGUGCUCAUCUGCAUGGGGAGGUUCAGCCCGAGAUUGUAUGUCAGCUAUACGACUUGGUAUGCGUUAGGGACAUUGGCUAGUAUGCAGAUUCCUUUUGUGGGGUUUUUGCCAAUUAGGAGUAGUGAUCACAUGUCUGCGUUGGGCAUCUUCGGCCUCAUCCAACUGGUCGGCUUCACCGAGUAUAUCCGUGCACAGCUCCCCUCCAAGCAGUUCCAGACACUCCUCCGCGCCAUGGUCCUGAUCGUCUUCGGUGUGGCAUUUGGUGGCCUUGUCCUCCUCACUGUCUCCGGUACUAUCGCUCCAUGGUCUGGCCGCUUCUACUCGCUCUGGGAUACAGGAUACGCCAAGAUCCAUAUCCCCAUCAUCGCCAGUGUAUCUGAGCACCAGCCUACCGCCUGGCCGGCUUUCUUCUUCGAUCUAAACAUGCUCAUCUGGCUCUUCCCGGCUGGUGUGUACAUGUGCUUCCGCAACCUUCGCGAUGAGCAGGUCUUUGUCGUCAUCUAUGCCGUGUUGUCCAGCUACUUCGCGGGCGUCAUGGUGCGUUUGAUGUUGACUCUUACACCAAUUGUCUGUGUUGCGGCCGCCAUGGCAUUGAGUCAGAUCCUGGACACUUUCCUCGUGGCGGAAGCACCUGCAGAACCAUCUGGUGAUGCCACCAAGGCCAAUGGCUCAGCAUCCUCAAACGGCUCAGCCAACAUCAAAGACAAACUCAACUCCGCCAUCCCCGAGAGCCUCCGCUCGACCAAAGCACCACUGGUCGGCAUCUACAGCUACUUGUCAAAAUCGCUUACCGCCGGCGCCGUAACAGCCUACCUCCUCCUUUUCGUCCUCCACUGCACCUGGGUGACCUCAAACGCCUACAGCUCUCCCUCCGUCGUCCUCGCCUCCCGCCUACCAGACGGAAGCCAACAUAUCAUCGACGAUUACCGCGAAGCCUACUACUGGCUGCGCCAAAACACCAAGCAAGAUGCCAAGGUGAUGUCGUGGUGGGAUUACGGGUAUCAGAUUGGUGGGAUGGCUGACCGCCCGACGCUCGUUGACAAUAAUACCUGGAAUAAUACCCACAUUGCUACUGUAGGGAAAGCGAUGAGUUCGAGGGAGGAGGUCUCGUACCCGAUUAUGAGGCAGCAUGAAGUGGAUUAUGUGCUUGUUGUCUUUGGUGGACUGCUGGGGUAUAGUGGGGAUGAUAUCAACAAGUUCUUGUGGAUGGUCAGAAUUGCUGAGGGAAUCUGGCCCGACGAAGUAAAAGAGCGCGACUUCUUCACCGCCCGUGGCGAAUACCGCGUCGACGACGAAGCCACGCCCACCAUGAAAAAUUCGCUAAUGUACAAAAUGUCCUAUUACAACUACAACUCCCUCUUCCCGGCCGGCCAAGCCCAAGACCGCGUGCGCGGCUCCAAACUCCCCGCCACUGGGCCGGAACUGAGUACCCUGGAAGAAGCCUUCACGAGCGAGAAUUGGAUUAUUCGGAUCUAUAAGGUGAAGGAUCUGGAUAAUUUGGGGAGGACGCAUCAGGAGGCUGGGGCGUUUGGGAAGGGGAAUAAGCGGAAGAAGGGGGGGAAGAGGAGAGGGGCGAGGGUGUUGAGGGUUGAUUGA